ACAUUAUUUGUGCUUCGUCACGAACCACAUGCCGGAAGGUCUCUUCGGAUAUGCUCUUCUGAUUGUAAGUUCUGCCAUCACCUGAAUUGUUACAUUGUUGACCAUCGGACAGAAGUUCUGCCCUACUAACCAAAUGAGUAGCAAUUUCAAUCGAUCGCGUUUUGCGUCGCAUUUCGCUGUUCUCCAAACCGAAUAAUUCAUCAGCAAGAGUACCAAGCACUCUGUUGAGCGGCUCUCCAUCACCUUGCUGUUCUUUCAAUAAUGCAAUAGCUUGAGCCAGGGCCGUCAAUUUGUAACCCUUAUCGAUAAAACUGGCUAUUCCGAGAUCUCCAACAUACUUUUGGAUUGUGGGCGUCGAAACAAUACCGCUUCCAUUCGAAAAUAAAACAGCUACAAACACAUUUGCGUCGAAAUCGUUUGGACUAAUUAUACCAUCGUCGCUUCCUUCUGACGAUGAUCCCCAUCGGUCGUAUUGGGAUCGUCUCUUUUCGUCGGAUAAUACCGAAUAGGCUUCGUGCACUUCCACAAACCGUUCGUGAGCCUGAGGGUCGUCUUUGUUUUUAUCAGGAUGGAGUUCUCUCGCUUUGGAAAAGUAUGCCUUUUUGAUUGUUGACGUGGAUGCAUCUGGGGACACCUCCAACAAAUCGUAUAAUUUUGUGUCCACAACCACCAAUCCUCGUCUCUUCCUCGCUGCUUCUGCCUCCUGUGCCUCCAUCAUUAAUAACAAUUCUCGACGUUCGUUUUCAAGGCUUUGUGUUUUGCUUUUCCAUUCUCGUUCGUACGGGUUCCAAAUUUUCCCUUCUAAAAUCCAAGAUUUUAGUGCUCUUGGCGUUUCUAAGAGGCCAUCCAAGAACGAAACUCCUGCCCGCCAAAGAGAAAAUAUACUGAUGAAAAAGGUGAACGUAGUUCCAAUGAUACUUCCUACGACGAGCCCGAAUAUUGCGGGUAGCACCGCGCCACCAUUUAUUUCCUCAUUUUCGUUGACGACGGCAUUCGAUGCAACCAAAGAAAUGACUGUUACAAUCGGGAUUCCCAAGAAAGUGGACAAAGAUGCCAGGCCUCCAACAAGCAACGAUUGGAAUGCUGAUAUUGUGCCCUCUACAAUGUCCCUCGGCUUUUGUCGGUCAUCCUGCAGCUUGGAAAAGUAAUCUGUCACAAAUUCUGAGUAUGCAUGAUCUUGUAAAUCGGGUUCUACAUUCGCAUCGAAACCGUGCCGUCUUUGUCGCCGAGAGGGCCGUGGCCGACUCCGAGUCGUCCUUUGCCACCGUUCCUCUUCUUCCGACGAUCCCUGUACGCGCAAGGGAAACUGCAACAACACUAUGCAGAUAAACACAGAAGAUAGCA